GGUGCAUCGGUGGUUGGGUUGGUACUAGACUUUCUGGUUCAUUGUUAGACUCGCUAGAGAUAUCUCGCAGUCAGGUGAUAGCCAAGCGCGUCGAGGUUGUCACUGUUUUGACGCUUUAAUAAACGGUUCCUUACAAAGAUUCUUCAUCAGUUCAGGAUUGAGUAGUGUAAAAUAGUUUCUAAAUGGAGACUAAAGGAGAAGUUAAGGAGACAUUUUUCAUUGUGACUCGGGGGAAGACUAGGAAAGGUUUCUCCAGAGGAUAUAUUGGCCAUGUGGAAGCAGAGACCCAGCACGGGGAGCUGAUGGGACUGGUGUAUGGAGGUGGCAGCAGUGUCAGCAGCACCAAGAGCCGGGGUGUCGUGAAAAAGGAGGAUACUUACCUGCUUUCCCGUCACCAGGCCCAGCUACUGCUGUUUGUGUGUCCCCCCAGCAAGCGCCUAGAUCUCCUGUGUAACCCGCAGCUCUUCGCUGCCAUCUGUCAGCUGUCACAGGAUGACCUGGUGGUACUGAAGCACAAGAAGGCUUACCAUCCUGGACUGGUUAAGAACUUGAUGCAGAUUGGUAGGAAGGAGAACCAAGGAGACCUGCUGAUGUUGGGCUUUGAGGUUGAGUUUGUGGACACUGAUCAGACGACAUCAUCUAAGAAGCCUGCCCCUCUACCCCUCUUCAGCGCAGCCGACAUUGUCCAGGUUGUUCCUGCCUGUUCCAAAGGGCUUCACUGGAAAGAUGUGCCUUUUGAUGGUCUGAGCAGAAAGACUGUGUCACGUAUCAACUCCAUGCCUAACCUAGGGUCUCGUAGGCAACACGUGAAAGAGAGCCAGACAGACCACAAGGUCAUGCAAAGCCAAACCCCUAAAGUGUCACAUAUCCCAUUUGAAGUGGGAUCCAUGGUGGAGGUGAUGUCCAACACAGGGAUCACUGUGUUUGGGGUGAUCCGGUGGAUUGGGGCCCCUGAAGGGAAGAAAAGCAAUUGGGCAGGUAUAGAACUGGAUUAUGAGGUGAAAGGAUGCUCUGAUGGGAAGUAUAAGGGACAACAAUAUUUCUCUUGUAAGGACACCAGUGCUUUGUUUGUACCACUCACAAAGUGCAGCCCUGACAGGAGGUUCUUGUACUCUCCCACUGAAAAGGAUAUCCUCGGGUCUCCAGAUAUCUCCCCAGUUCCUUCAUUGGGGGAAACGGAUGCCCCACCUAUACCUGAAUCUGAGGCCCAAUCUUUACUGGUGGGUAAGAUGAAGGGGAUCCAGGGUCACUUCAACUCCUGCUACCUAGAUGUCACUCUUUUCAGUCUGUUCAGUUCCUCCAAGACCCUGGACAGUGUCUGCCAAAGUCCAGCUGACACAGAACAACACAUAUCUCACACUCUCAGGAAAGACAUAGUGAACCGUUUACGAAGAGAUGGCUUUGUCCCUGCUGAUAGCGUGAUGAACUUCCGUAAGCAGCUUGGUUGUGACAGCUUUGUAACAGAGGAGAAAGACCCUGAAGAGUUCAUCACAGUCCUUCUUCAACAUGUGCUUUGCAUGGAGCCCUUGCUCAAGUUCAGGUCCUGCAGGGGGGUGUCUCAGGAUGCUUACACCUUCCAGAUAAUUCUAGAAAAGGAGCAGGUGGGACAGACACCUACUGUCCAGCAACUUCUGGAGACCUCCUUCCUGUCAUGUGAUCUUAAAUUUGAGGAGAUCCCAUCUUGUCUCAUGCUCCAGAUGCCAAGGUUUGGAAAUAGGUACAAGAUGUUUCCCCACAUAAUCCCCUCAACAGAGCUGGACAUCACAGAUCUCUUAUACAACUCACCCAGAGAUUGUUUCCUGUGUGGCCGUUUAGCAGAGUAUGAGUGUUCCCAGUGUUUACAGGACCGCAGGCUUCAACCAGGAAGAAUCAAACAAUAUUGUGCUACCUGUAAAACACAGGUGCACACCCAUCCCUCCAGACAAGGUCACUGCCCUAGAGCCCUCACAGUGCCAUCAGAUGUACCAGCAGAUGGCCCUAUUCCAAGACAUAAGAUGCAUCUGUUUGCUGUACUUUGCAUCCACACGAGCCACUAUGUGUCUUUUGUGAAAUAUGGCCCCAACCCUCGCUCCUGGCUGUUUUUUGACAGCAUGGCUGACAGAUGUGGUGAUGACCAGACUGGCUAUAACAUUCCAGAGAUCAGAGCUUGUCCGCAGGUUGGUGAUUUCCUGUCUCAGGCAGAGGACAAGCUUGUGUGUGCUGACCCUUCCCAGGCAGGGGAGCCUGUCCGCAGGCUACUUUGUGACUCCUACAUGUGUUUAUAUCAAAGUGAAUCCAUGGCGCUCCAUAGAUAAAGCCAGCAUAAGAGUGAGACACACAAGUAAGAACUUGGUGUUCUAACAACAGGCCCUAAAUAACCUUGUUGGUUGAGUCUGCAUGCCUGAAGUAGGUCAUCAUUACAAGGUUCUGAAAACACUGUUGAUAAGCUGGAGAGAGCUAAACUUCCACUGGAAAGGAAUGCUUUUAUUAAUAAAAUGAAAAUGUCCAGUCAUAUAUUUGACUUGAACAUGACUUUGGCAGGACUGAAAGGGUAGUUAGGAGUGAUUAGGAUAUGUUUUCUUUCACAUGCCGAUACAGAUUUUUUCACUGCUAGUAUUUUUUAUUGUUGCCAUAUAUAUUUGAUACAUUUUUGUACAUUCGUUUUAUAUUGACCGUAAUGAUUUGUGACAAAUUGCUGAAGUGAAAUUAUCUUUCCAUUGAAUUAAUUAAUGAACAUGUAUGCCUUUAUUUUAGAUUAUUGUAAAGUUAGAGAGGGCUAUGUGGAAAUCUAAAUUGCCUCAAGUUUUAUUGUACUCUCUAGAUUAAUCUUUAAUGAUCUUUUGGAAAAUACAGAUUUACAAGAGAAAUUUAGAUAUAGUCAAACAGAUUUACACUUAGAUAUCAAUAAAAUCUACUUACUGUAAAUGGAAGUGGACUCUGAGACUGUGAAGUGAAUUUCAACCAAAACCCAAACAAUAAAAUAUAUGAGAUACUUGUAUGGGAGAAGACCUAGUGUUGGCCUACACUACACUGAACGGCAAUAUUGCACAAUACAUGGUGAGAUUAUAUUGACUUCCAAUCCCCUAGUUUAAUAUAACAACAGUUCUCUUGCAAAACACACCGACACUUAAGUCACAAAAAAAUAGCAUAUUUUAUUGUACAGAAC